CUAUCCAUGCUGGACUUGUCAUAGGGACGGAAUAAAUGCUAUUCUCCGCGAAGUGGACAAGUAUUUCCUUCAAAUGAAAAAUCAUCGGAAAAGCCGCUUAUGCGCGCGCAGUGCUUCUCCGGUUGUGGAACAGUGGAUCCAUGUAACUGCAUUAUUCCAGACCCCGUGGUGGUAG